UCUACUUACAAAGAGCCACAGAGAAAAUGAAGGGUUCAACUGAGACCACCACCAGCCAUGGCCAUCCUCCCCUUCACACCGUAAAGGUCCUCCGGAGAACUCCUCUCAACCGAGUCUUCGCCGCCGUUUACUUGGCUGCAAUCUUAGCUCUAUUCUACCACCAUGCACUCACACUCCUCAGCUCCACCUCCAUCUCCUCCUUCCUUAUCUGCAUCUCCUUUCUCAUCGCUGACAUCGUUCUCGCCUUCAUGUGGUCCACCACCCAGUCCUUCCGCAUGCGUCCAGUCCGGCGCCGUGAGUUCCCGGAAAACCUCAAACUAGUCCUCGAUAACCCCGGUGAGUUUCCGCGUUUGGACGUCUUCAUAUGCACUGCGGAUCCCUACAAGGAGCCACCACUUGGAGUGGUGAACACCGCCCUUUCAGUGAUGGCCUAUGAGUAUCCGACCGAAAAGAUAUCAGUUUAUGUCUCUGAUGAUGGAGGGUCUGAGCUCACUCUCUUUGCUUUCAUGGAGGCCGCCAAGUUUGCAGCCCACUGGUUGCCCUUUUGUAGGAAGAAGAAGAUAGAAGAGAGGUGCCCCGAAGCUUAUUUCAGAUCCAAUUACGCUUCCUGCUCUGAAACUGAGAAUAUUAAGAUGAAAUACGAGGUCAUGAAACAGAGGAUAGAGACAACCAUGGAGCAAGGCAAAGUUGGUUAUGAGUGGGUCACUAGCGAAGAAGAGCGUGAAGCUUUAAGUAAAUGGACCGAUAAAUUUACACGGCAAGAUCAUCCUACAGUAAUCCAGGUUCUAUUAGAAAGUGGCCAAGACCAAGACAGGUCUGGCCGUAUGAUGCCAAACCUCAUCUAUGUGUCCAGGCAGAAAAGUAGGGCUUCACCCCACCAGUUUAAGGCUGGUGCCCUGAACACCCUGCUCCGGGUAUCAGCUAUAAUGACCAAUGCGCCAAUAGUCCUGACCCUGGACUGCGACAUGUACUCGAACAACCCAGUGACCCUGCAACAUGUGCUAUGUUACCUGUCCGAUCCGGACAUGGACUCGAAAUUAGGGUACAUCCAGUUUCCUCAGCGUUUUCAUGGGCUCAACAAGAAUGAUAUCUAUGCUUCUGAGUUUAAACCUUUGUUUGUAACCAAUCCGGCCGGGAUGGACGGACUGGCCGGCUCUAAUUACGUCGGAACCGGGUGCUUUUUCCGUCGCCGGGUUUUCUUUGGAGCUCAUUCAUCUAUGGUAUCUCCAGAGAUUCCUGAACUGAGCCCUGGCCAUGUUGUUGACAAGCCCAUCAGGUCCCAAGAAGUUCUAGCAUUGGCGCACCAUGUAGCAGGCUGCAAUUAUGAGAACGAGAGCAAUUGGGGUUCCAAGGUGGGGUUCAGAUAUGGGUCACUAGUGGAGGACUAUUACACUGGUUAUCGUCUGCAGUGUGAGGGAUGGAGAUCCAGAUUCUGCCAGCCUGAUAGAGAAGCGUUUCUGGGCGAUAUACCGAUAAGCCUUAAUGACGUGCUGAGCCAAAAUAAACGAUGGUCCAUCGGCCUCCUUGAGGUGGCCUUUUCGAAGUAUAGUCCUGUAACUUUCGGCACCAUGGCCACGGGUCCUCUCCUGGCGCUUUCUUAUGCCCAUUAUGCAUUUUGGCCCAUUUGGUCUGUCCCCAUCACCAUAUAUGGCUUUCUCCCUCAACUUGCCCUUCUCAUUAAUCUUCCUAUAUUCCCCAAGGUAUCUGACCCAUGGUUCAUCUUGUACGCAUUUCUUUUCCUUGGUGCCUAUACACAAGACUUCAUAGACUUUGUAUUAGCUGGUGGGACAGUCCAAAGGUGGUGGAAUGAGCAGAGAAUGUGGCUGAUAAGGGGAGUAACAUCCUACUUAUUCGGGUUGGUUGAGUUUUCAUUCAAGUGCUUAGGGUUUUCUACAUUAGGGUUCAAUCUGACCAGCAAGGUAGUCGACGAUGAGCAAGGGAAGAGGUACGAGCAAGGCACCUUUGAGUUUGGCGUGGCCUCGCCCAUGUUUGUGCCACUAACAAUGGUGGCCAUGGUCAGCUUGUUUUCGUUCCUCCGAGGGAUUAUUGAAAUUUCCAGAGGUAGAAGAAGUAUGGAAGAGUGGUUCAUAGAGAUGUUCAUUGCUGGUUUUGUGGUGGUGAAUUGCUGGCCAAUUUAUGAGGCCAUGGUCAUGAGGAAGGAUAAAGGGAGAAUUCAUACCAAAACUACAAUUAUUUCCGCAGUUUUGGUCUAUGCUCUUUACACUGCAGCUUCUUUUACCCUGAAAAUUUGAUAGUAGUUUUUACUUAGCAGAAAUAAGUGAAGAACAAAAAUAAUAGCAUAUGCAUGUAAUCUUAUUGGGUAUGUUUUAUUAUGUGAUUUCUCCUUAGAUGUUAUGUUUGUUGAAUUGUAUUGUGUGUACAAAUAUUUUUAUUGAAAGUUAAUUUCCGUAGGUCAUUGAAAUAAA